CACCAGUUGCUGCUGUAAUGUUAUCCUGUCCGGCCGGGCAGGACUCCUCUGCCAAGGCGCUGUCCUGCAUUAUUGUUGCCAUUUGGAUAAGGCAGGUGUGAAAGCUAUAAUUCAACCAGUGAGCUGAGAGGAAGGAGCUAUCGGCCCGCAAGUGAACUCUGGCUUCACUAUGCAUCGGGGGGAGCAUGCUUCCCGGGCUUUCCAGGCCCCGGUGGAUGUCCAUGCCAGUGCAGACGGGCAGAUUUACAUGUUCAACAGAAGGCCCGGUGAGUCUAAUGUAUCCUCAGAUGAGGAGCUGAACGUCAUGGAGAUGAGGCCGCGGGUUUCGCUGCAGGAGCAGGACAGGAACGUCCAGCUGCUGGAGCGGGAGGUGUUAGAUGGUGACAACCUCAACAAGCUUGCUCUGCAAUAUGGCUGUAAGGUGACGGAUAUAAAGCGGGUGAACAACCUCAUGCAGGAACAAGAUUUGUUUGCACUGAAAUUCAUCAAAAUACCUGUUCAGAAACACAGCUUUUUAACAGAGUUGCACACAAGUUACCCUCAAGAAGAAAUACCACAUUCAUCCCCCACACCAGUGAAGCCUCCAGACCGAGCCAGAGCCCAACCACACCUGCAGGAGGUCACAGACUUCCUGAUGGAGGUGGACCAGGAUAUCGAGAAACUGAUUCAGAACACGAACGAUCAAGAUGAAUCUUUAUUGGAUAACUCGAAAAAACGACAAAGGUUUGGUUUCAAAGGACAGCCUCUGAAGAGUCACGGCGCAGACUGGGGCAUCCAGUGGUGGAACGCUGUGGUGGCCAUGCUCCUGAUAGGCAUCAUCCUGCCAUUAUUUUAUGUCAUUUAUUUCAAAACAAAAGAUAGUGGAGAAGCUUCACCAACAGAUGGAGGUGCUUUAUCUUCCAUCCCCUCCUCAAACACCUCAGGGACAGGAGCCAAACAUUUCCAAGAACCAGGAUAAAGCAGACCGGAAUCAUUUUAAGACUGAUGAUAUUAAAAGUAGGUGACAAUCAAGUUAAAGACAAAUCUCUUUACAUUUUACUCACACCUCCGUGUUUCAGUGAAAUGUUCCUUCUGUUUUAUACUAUAUCUGUGAUGCUUGAGGCAGACACUUCAAUGACUGAGAAAUGGAUGAACAAGUUAUAAUUUUGUGAUAAUUAUAAUAUAAUUGUGAUCAUUUAGAAACUCACUUUACUUUAUACAGUUGAUGUAGUAACAUCUCUUACUGUAUUAUUCUGUAAUGUUACCUCAGGCGAUUAACUAAAUGUGACGCUAAUUAGUAACGGUUGUGUCUUGAACUCCCUCACACGAAUAUUAGUACCAAAAUUAAAUGCAGUGUAUGUAGUCUGAGGGGAACACAUCAGCUGUAAGUCUUUCUGUGUGAGAUUUACUACAACUUGCCUUUUUUUCAUUGCCUUUUGCCAGUAUCAACAUAUCGAUUGUCAUCAUAUCAUUGUCAUAUAUCAAGCAUAAUCAUGAUAUCUGUUCCAAUACAGUAAUAUAUAUAUAUUGUUAAAAUACUUUAAUAUGAAAAAUGGGAGAUGAGGUUUAACUAUAUUUGACAUGGGGUUUAGCAUUCAUUGCAUGCCUUGUUUGAAUUAACUUAUUUGUGGCUCUGUUAUUGUCCGCUCAUUGCCAUGCACAUCAAGCCUCUCUUGGUCUGAAUUCAGCGCCAAAAGUGUAAAGUGUGUUUACAGUUAGAUUUAGGUGCACUAUACUUUAUAUUGAACAGUACAGUACAAGCAAGUGCAUUUUGAAUGUUUCCUGAGUGAAGUGUGACGUAAAGAAAGUGCCUUAAACCGUCAUAGUUUUUAUGGUAUUAAGUUUGAAUCCACCAUGAGUCGGUGCUGAAUUUGUGUGCCAUGUUCAAAGCACUUUUAAAGUCUAGUAUUGAAGCUGGAUUUUAUUUAAAUAUCUUCAAGUACAUUUGUAAACUAAUUGAUGUGAAAAAUGUGCAAGAUCAUUUUUAUCCAGCAUAUUCCUACCUGAAUACAAUGUGUAUUUAAUCUCU